GUUAGGUCCAAGAAUGCUCCUAGCCCUCUCAAAAAGAGCACCAUGCUACACCAGCAUCCUAGAAAGAGAGAGAACAUGCAAACUCCUCUAUGGUGACAAACCGAAGGAAUGCACCGGUUGGGAUCGCUACUCUCUCAUAAACCUCUCUUAAACCCUCGAGCUCCUCUAUACUCCCUCAUCUCAUCCUCCACUUUUAGCUACUCUCCUAAUUCCAUAGAAAUCUUCUAUGACCAUCUCUUAAAAUCCUGUAAUGGGUCAUCCUCUCUCAAACAAAUUCACUCAGCUCUCACAACCACUGGCCUUAUCACUACAAGCCCUCAUUUGGGUGCUCAGAUUAUCAUCAAAUAUGCAAAAUUUGAUGACCUUAAUAGGGCAAGAUUACUUUUUGAUAACAUUAAUGUAUGUUAUGAUAAACCCACUUCUUUCCUUUGUAAUACUAUGAUUAGGGCAUAUGCAAAUGUUGGUCAAUGUUUUGAAACGUUAAAGUUGUAUUCUUUCAUGCGUAAGACUGGCACUUUUGUGAAUAAUUACACUUACCCUUUCGUGUUCAAAGCUUGUGCUUUGAAUUUGUUGGUUCGUGAAGGGAAAGUUGUUCAUGGAGAUGCUUUAAAAAAUGGGUUCGGUUCGGAUUUGUAUGUUGAGGCUGGUUUGGUUGACAUGUACGCAAAAUGUGGCCUUUUUGUUGAUUGUCGCAAGAUUUUCGACGAAAUGUCUACGAAGGAUUUAGUUUGCUGGACAGCAAUGAUAACUGCUUAUGAGCAGGCUGAGAAGCCUGAGGAGGCUCUCAUUUUGUUCAAAAAGAUGCAGCAAGAAGAGGGUCUUCUAGCAGAUUCGAUUGCUGUAGUGAGUGUUGCAUCUGCUGUUGGUCAAUUAGGAGAUGUUAAGAACGCUCACACAGUGCAUGGUUAUGCCUUUCGUAAAUCGUUGAUUGAGGAAUUAUGUGUUGGUAACUCAAUUUUAGCUAUGCAUACAAAAUGCGGGAAUACAGAAAAGGCACGUUUGGUUUUUGAUAUGAUGAUGGAAAGAGAUGUUAUCUCAUGGAAUUCUAUGCUUUCUGGUUAUACUCAAAAUGGGCAAGCCACUGAAGCUCUGUUGCUGUUUGAUGAGAUGCGUGAUUCUGAUUGUCAGCCUACUCCUGUUACGGCAUUGAUCAUGGUUUCAGCUUGUGCUUAUUUGGGUUUUCGACAUCUUGGAAGGAAAUUCCAUGAUUUUAUCGUCGAUAGCAGAAUGGAAAUUGACACAAAUCUUUCAAAUGCUCUGAUGGACAUGUAUGCCAAGUGUGGAGACUUGGAAAAGGCGGUGGAUUUGUUCAAUGGUAUUCCUCCCACUGAACGGAAUGCUGGUUCUUGGAAUGUAUUGAUUUCAGGGUAUGGCAUGCAUGGACAUGGUAAAGAAGCACUAGAACUCUUUUCAAGAAUGCAGGAGGAAGGUGUUGAGCCAAACCAUUUCACUUUCACUUCAAUUCUUUCUGCUUGCAGCCAUGCAGGCCUCAUUGAUGAAGGUAGGAAAUGUUUUGCAGAAAUGAAAAGGCUAUCUGUGACACUGGAGGAUAAACACCAUGCUUGUGUGGUUGAUAUGCUUGGCCGAGCUGGGCUCUUGCAGGAAGCAUUUGAUCUGAUUAAGGAAAUGCCAUCACCUCCGAGUGAUGGAGUAUGGGGUGCUCUGCUGCUUGCUUGCAAAAUCCAUGGGAACAUGGAAUUAGGGAAAACUGCAGCCAGUAAUCUACUCCAGCUUGAGCCAAACCAUACAGGGUACUAUGUGCUAAUGUCUAACAUAUAUGCAGCAUCAAACAAAUGGAAAGAAGUUUGGAAGUUGAGGCAAGAUAUGAAGAAUAAAGGAUUAAAGAAACCUGCAGCCUUUAGUAUGAUCGAGUAUGGUAAAGAUAUUCUUGGGUUCCACACAGCUGACCAAGAAAAUCCAUAUAGGCACGAAGUUUACAAAAAAAUGGAAAGCCUAGCAAUCGAGAUGAAGAUGGCUGGGUAUGUACCAGACCUAUCAUGUGCUCUACAUGAUGUCGAAGAGGAAGACAAGGAGCGUAUGUUAAACUAUCACAGCGAGAAGCUAGCUGUAGCUUUUGGUGUUCUGAAGAUAGACCCUGGAAUGGUAAUUCGAGUAACAAAAAAUCUUCGUGUUUGCAAUGACUGUCAUUCAGCGUUUAAGUAUAUUUCACACAUUUAUCAACGAAAGAUCAUUGUCAGAGAUGCAAAUCGGUUCCAUCACUUCCAGGGAGGUACCUGCUCAUGUAAGGACUACUGGUGAACAGUGGAUUCUGGAACCUUACUACCCCCAGUUAUUGGAACUAGAAGCUGACUCUGGAAGUCUUUUGGCAAGACUCCUAAUUUUUUGCUAGAGAAUGAACACGGAGAGUAAGACAACCGAAGGAUAGAAUCUCAUUCCAACAAACAUUGAAGAUUCGUUUCAAAAGAUGGCUGUCUGGUUCCUGGUUCGUGAUCAUUCAGUGUAUAAAGUAAUUUGGAAGACUGUUGUCCUUUAACAGCUUGUCAUCAAAGCCUUUGUUCUUAAAUAAUAAAUACAGGGAGUGGUUAACAGAA